AUGCAGCGCAUCGCUACGCAGCUCCUGGCGCUUUCGCCGGAGCUUGUCGAACCUAUCAUCGCCGACUUGCCACUUCACAAGGCGCUGGAACUCCUUUCAGUGCCUUUUGAGUCAUCACCCGUGCAAAAGAGUGUAUCAGUAACCGGUCAGCUAAGCCCAUUAGCCUACGCCUUCAUUCAAAGUCCCGCUUGGAGACACGUGUUCACGUCGGAGGAAAGGACAGAAAGACUCUUACUUAUCUGGGAAGCGAGUAAGAGCUUCUUCCUGCUUCAAACUGGGCGAUCGUACAUGCACUUGCUGAAGUCACAGGAGUAUGGCUGGCGGAGGAGCGAGCUGCUGAGAGCUGGCGCUGAUCAACUCCAGGGCCCCGAGGUCCUGGAUCAAAUGAGCGAAGGAUUGUUCAAUCUGGUCCCAGGCUUGGAUGUAGGACAUAAGGAGGCGAGAAGAAUCGCGCCAUCUAAUGCCUACAUGAAAGCAGUGUUUGCGCUCUUGCGGGAUCCCAAGGAAGUUUAUCAAUUUGACCACGAGCAGGACGAAGUUCACGUGAAUGCAUCUUUUGGCAAAACAUAUGACAUCCGCGGCGGAGAAUGGGACCCGAAAGACUUCUUGGCAAUAGCCAAGCCAUUAUAUGAAGCUUGGAAUCUGCUCAAAAGCCUCUGGGCAACAGAGCUGGAGUCUCUCGCCAUUUUGUAUGAACGAUUUCCAACGAUGCUCAAGGCUGCUUUUGCGCCCCAAUUGGCGCACACUCCAUUGAAUGACCGGCAUAUGCCCAAAAAGCUCAGAUAUGUCGCCAAACAGAUACCCGACCGAUGCCUGAGAGAUGCAAUUGGGUCCCGUAAGUCAGGUUCGAAUUCAACCUAUUUCAGUUUCUCUCAUCACUACCUUUUACCUUAUGAUUGGUGCCUGAGACUCUUCGUCAGUGUUCUUCAGGAGAAGACACCAGAAAUCCCACGCAAGCUGGCCGCAGACGUGGAUCGAGCCACUGCGGGCUUGGAUUUUAUUCAUGAACAUUCUGGCGAUGGAAAGCAGUACCCAAGAUUCAAAGGCAGCAAGGAUGACGCCAGGCACAUGGAGCUGAUUGUGUAUUACGAUCAAGACACUGUCAGACCGACCCCCAUCGCUGAAUUAGACUGGCUUACGUCGUUUCUCUCAGUCGUCAAGUGGAUGACGGAGGAGUAUCCAGUUCUUGCGGAUGACUUACGCCAGCCUGUUGCUCGUAUCUACAGAGUAGCAAAAGGGAGGGGCCAGAAAAAACUGCUCCUCGAGCCAUCUGAUUAUGAUCGGUUUGCCGACGCCAUACCCGCCGCUGAGGUUGCCAUUUAUCUGAAAAAGGACCUGAAUUUAGCUUCCCGGCCACUCGGUGCCCAGGAUGAUCAUUGUUUGCCCAGCCUGCUCGCUUUUCAUAUGCCCGACUUCUCCUCGAGGCAGGCUCAGCAGAUUGCAGCACACCUUGGGCCAAAGCCAGGACUGGCGAUUGAGCUUCAGCAAGUUGUGUAUGAGAACACCCUUGAGAAGAUCCAACGACACUUUCAAAAGAGGCCGCCCUCCCCUGCAGAAGUCUCAGAUGGAGAGUUGUUGGUGCAUCAGAUUCUCGGAAAUAACAACAGAGGUAGCGCUUUACAUACAGCACAGACAUCGCCAGGUACCUGGUGGUCAAGUGUUGUGAAGCGAUACGUGGAUGUUGUCCCAAGAAAACCUCGUAGUUUAUCUUGCUACAUCUGCCGACAUAGCAUGUCCGAUAAGCGUGGAUUUCACCCCAUCUUCUUAGCCAUGUGCAAAGCUUGUGGCGAUUUCAAUUUGGCCGGGUCGCGCAUGUCACUUCCAGAGAUGCUGGAUCUACGAGGAAAGACGGCGCUUGUUACUGGAGGAAGAGUUAAUUUAGGAUUCUACACGGCCUUGAGGCUGCUUCGUUGUGGUGCCAAGGUCAUUGUUUCGUCUCGAUAUCCCCGCGAUACACUUGUUCGGUACCAAAGGCAACCCGACUGCGGCAGCUGGAUAGAGAACAGACUGCGUAUUGUUGGGGCCGAUUUCCGCACUGCACGCGACGCGUUUGCACUGGCUGCGGAGGUCAGGAACAUAUUGGUGACUUGGUCAACGGGAGAUUCAACCAAACCAUUACUCGACAUUCUGAUCAACAAUGCCGCGCAGACGCUUACGGACGGGGAAGCAAAGGAGAUGACAGCUGUCAAGAGGGAAAGCAACCUACACUUGUCCCUACCCGCUUACACGGCGUUGCCGGAGACGUCAUAUACUCCUCGAAUUGGAGGUGGUGCGCCGGAAGGCUUCCUGGAGGGAAGGACUCAUCAGGCGCUUCAUUCAGCAAACACCUCCACUUCAGUUAUCCAACCUGUGCCCGAGAAGUCAUCUUGGGCCCAAGAUAUGUCUGAGAUUCCCUAUGCAGAUAUCAUCACGGCACAGGCAGUCAAUGCUUUUGUCCCGCUAAUCCUAAUCCGAGAACUUCUCCCAGUCAUGUCUCAUAGCGAAAUCAGGGAGCAACAAUCAGGCCACAUAAUUAACGUUUCCUCGCGGGAGGGCAUCUUUGAAGCGAGCCGGAAUCACUCGGCCAAGAAGGGCACGCAUGUCCAUACCAACAUGUCCAAGGCAGCGCUGAACAUGAUCACGGAAACCGAGGCCGGGCCGGCGUGGAGGAGCCACGGUGUAGCCAUGAACACAGUAGACCCGGGGUAUAUGAGCGCGUCGCCGGAGAUGGAGAGCCUGUUUGGUGGCGUGCGGCCUCUGAGCUGGGAGGAUGGGGCUGGGCGAGUGCUCUGGCCAGUAGCAAUGGCGUUUGGCGAGGAGAAGACGGUGAUCUGGGGCCGGUUUCUAAAGCAUUAUGGCACCGUGAGCGUUACUGCAGGUCUGCGGUAG